UAGAAGAAAAGAAAGAAGAAAAAACACGAAUAUAGCAGAGUAGAAGGCCAUGAAAAAGCACAGAAAAGCAAUAAAAUAAGAAAAAGAAGCCACAUACCGCACAUAAUGGGAGCCGUUGCAAAGGCAUAUUCCAGGAAGGUUGACUCAGGGGUGAGCCAGCUACCAUGGCAGAGGUGCAGGAGCCAGCUGCCAAGACAGACCUCAAGGGCUCCAGCAGAGAGCUUCCAGAGGCCUGCCAGGACUCUCCGUUAAUGGUGAAAUUUCGAGAAUACUCAAAGAUGCUUGACGAGAAGAAUGACAAGUAUGAACGAAUCUACAAGACCAGCAGAGACGUUACUGUUCGCAGCAAGAGGGUCAUUUUCACCCUACACAGGAUCCCUGGGGUGUCAGAGGAUGUCAGGGAAAGUUUGCUGUCAUCUGGGGCCAAUGAACUGAGGGACAUUGAGCAAACCUUGAUGAAACACAUAGCAAUGGAGCUGAGGGAUGAAGACCCACACCAGUUUGUUAACGCUUAUACUUCAGGUAUUCAAGAAUAUGUAGAAGCUUUGUCCUUUCAUUAUUUUUUGAUGAGUGGGACAAUAAUCAGUCACAGUGAAGUGCAGAAGAGAGUAACCUUUGGGGGCCUGGCAGAAGACCAAGCGGAACUGGUGCCCCUCAACGUCCUCCUGCAGCCCAAGGAAUACAUCUUGGGCAUUGCUGAUCUCACCGGUGAACUCAUGCGUUUCUGUAUCAAGUGUGUCAGCACCGGGGAUUUUGACAAAUGCUAUAAGAUUUGUGACAUUCUCAAAACUAUGCAUGGUGGCUUCUUAUCUUUAGGUUAUAUUCCAGCCAAAGAGCUUUACCACAAGAUGAUGGUGUUUAAGUCAAGCUUACACAAAGUGGAGGAAGCAUGUUACUCUUUACAACUAAGGAAGUCAGAAGUUCCUGCUGACAUGCUCAGUGAUGUAUUUGCCAUGUAUGAUGCUGAUGAAAACAAUGCCCAUUUUAUGUAGUAAUGUUUAUUGUCAUUCUGAUAAGGAAAGCCUAUGACUUGUAACAUUCUCACAAGUCAAGAAAGAUACUGCUGCUGAUACUGGAAAAUGAGAGGCAAGACAACUGAAGUUGAAAGACUGACACAACAGUAUGAGUUAUCUAGUGGUGUAUAUGUUCUCUUAGUGGCCAAAAAAGCCAAAACAAAGUGUCAGAUAUGCCAGUCAGUUGUACAAGCAGAUGGCCCAAGUAAUAGAUUUUAUGACUGGUAAAUUGUACCUUUACUUUUGUGAGCAGUAAAUGGACAUUUGCUUAAAAAAAAUACAUCAAAGGAGGCAGCUCUGGGGCAAAACAAACAAAAAUACACAACACUGCUCCUAAUAACACUGGGACAAGACAAGCUCUAAAAAAAUAACUAAUUUAAAUUGAAAAAGUUGAAAGCAUUCAAGUCAUAAGCAUGAAAUACUACAGACAGAGGAAAGCUGUUCCAGAGUUUAUCAGUUAAAAGGAUGAAACAAUAAAGGUACGAUACUGGUUAACGCUUGCAUUAGGAAUUUGGACAGAAUAGAGAUGAGCUGGAGUAAAAAGUCAUGUGCAUUUAGGCUGUGGAAGUGGUGUUUUUUUUUUAAUGAAUGUUUAUAUAUGGGUAUAUAUUUUUUUUUUUGCAAAGCCAGCUUUCUUCAACUUUUUGUUAGUUAUGUUCUGUGCAGCCAGUUGAACCCAAGUGAUUCCACACUCACAUAAUGCAUCUUGUGUUUGGAACAUUUUGGCAACUAUAAAUGGGAACACAUUUUUUAAUCACCAGUGUCUCAAACAGAUAAAUGUGAGAUUUGCUAACAUUGUCAUGGAUAAGGUGCGGAAAUUAAGACAGGUCCAUUGUGUAACUUUUAGAGCUGACUGUUGCUGUUAGGUUUAAUUCUUAUAUCAAGCUGACAAAACACUUUUCUGCCUCUCAGGAGUCCCACAGAAGAAAGGUACCCAUGAUUUUUCACUAUAGAGUCACUUGACUACAUCCUUCUUCCAGAUAUACUUGGCAACAUGUGCAAAAUUAUCUUCGUAUGGGAAGUUUAAGUGAUUGUGGUGACCAAUGUAUUCAGCAUGCAGAGAUUUUUACUAAUAAUGUGUGUACAUGCAGUUUCAUCUUGCAAAAUAAUAUGGUACAAAGAAUUUUUAUUGCUAUGAUGUGAUGCAUAUAGAAACAUUAGUGGAGAGCACUGGAGUGAUUCACAAGGUUCUGGUGGCCGGGGUGGGGGCAGAAACAUGUCCAUUUACAAUCCUUACUGAAUGCUCCACUUUUAUAUUUAUAUUUUCAAUGUGUCACUGAUUCUAGUUUUCCAUAGGUGAUUAGGCUCUUUUGCAUCUUUGUUUUCAUUUUUUGUCACAUGUUUGUAUAGGAUGAUCAUGUUUUGUCUUUCCUUGCAUAUUUUCAAUGUGUGUGUGAUUUUCCCUAGUGUCUUACAGGAGUUAGGUUGUGCUUGUUAUCCAUAUUUUUCCAAGUGUUUUACAGGAAUUAAGUCAUGCUUCAUAGCCAUACUAUUUAUCUAACCUGUUCUUAAAUUCAUGAAUGCUCCUUGCUUGAAUCAUCUCUUGACUGAGAUCUUUCUCUUUGUUAAUUGUUCUUCAUGAGAAGCUGAAUUUCUCUUCAUAUAUUUUGAUACUUAGUUUUACCAACUUAAAUUUGCUUCUCCUCUAGUCCUUCCACUGUCAUACAGCAGGAAGUAUUUUCUAUUUUUUUUUUUUUUUUUGUAGCAUCUCAUUCCAUUGAAGUGUGUGUGUGUGUGUGUGUGUGUGUGUGUGUGUGUGUGUGUACCUAUUUGUAGUCUACCAGGCCCAAGCUAAGCUCUAAUAGUCCCAUCUCUAUAUCUACAUUUAUCCAGCCUUUCCUUCAUUUGUUGGACACUGUUCGCCUCCACCACCUCUUCCCACAAGCUGUUACAUGUGUUUACACUUCUAUGUGGAAAACUACUUUUUUGAAGUCACUCUGACAGGUUCCUUUAUUAAGUUUCUUCCUAUGUCCUCUCAGCCCCUGUGUUCUCGCAGUUAAGAAGAGAUCAUCUCUAUCCACCUCAUCAAACUUAUUUACCAACUUAUACAGCAUGAUCAGAUCUCCUCUCUCCCUUCUUUGUUCCAGUGUCAUCAAGUCCAUCUCCUUCAAUCUGUCUUCAUACAUCAUAUGCGAGAGUUCUGGGACCAUUUUAGUUGCAAUUCUCUGUAUCCUUUCCAGCUUUCCGAUCUUUUUGUAAGGGGACCACACAACUGCAGCAUAUUCAAGCUUUGGACUUAUCAUUGUUAUUAUUUUCUUCAUUUUCUUCAUCAUUUCUUUGUCCAUAAAAUGGAAUGAUACUCUUAUAUUUUGCAUGUGUGUGUGUGUGUGUGUGUGUGUGUGUGUGUGUGUGUGUGUGUGUGUGUGUGUGUGUGUGUGUGUGUACAUUAUAUUGGAAAUAUGCUAGGUGUCAGCACUGACCCCUGCAAGGAUCUGUUUGUCAACUUUCCAUAAUGAGGAUUUUCCCCUCAGCUCUGUCCUCAAUUCUCUGUAUUUAGAAAAAUAAAUAAAAUCCAACUAUAAUGUUUUUCUUGAACUCCUUUAUACUUCAGUUUCCAUGAUAGCCUUUGGUAUGGUACUCUAUUGAUGCUUUCAUAAUAUAUAAAUAAAUACUGUCCACCCAACCAUCUCUCGUUUGUAUUACCUCUUGUACGCUAGCUGUCAUUCUGCAUGAAAGCAUCACGCGCUGGACUCGCGAUUCGUGCUAACCACUACACUACAGAGCUCGCGAUGAUAGUGUGUGUGUAUGUGUGUGUGUGUGUGAGAGAGAGAGAGAGAGAGAGAGAGAGAGAGAGAGAUAAAACACACACACACACACACACACACACACACACACACACACUCUCAUUGCUGAUAAAGACAAGUCAGUUUAACAAGUCAUAACUCAUGGAUGAAUAGUAGUGAUCCUGCGGUCACAUGUAUAGCUACGUGUUGCCGGCGUGGCCUGGGCUGGGUUCGCUACACUCACGAUCAUUUAGUCGUGUUUGGUUGUGAUAUGAACUUGAUCGCGUUAGGAACAAGAUCCGCGUUAAUUUGGUGACAAGGCCAAAACAAAUUGCAUCACACAAACUCUGAUCUGGGGAACGUUGCGCGACUUAGCCUUGAAACACAUUAUGUACUAUGUAGUACAGCUGUAAAGGAUCGAACAGAAACGGAUCAAUUGAAUCAAAUUUGAGCGAAAACUAUAUAGACUUGGUGUUGUGUUGGUUGGGUGGGUACCGAUGGAUGGAGUCAAGCUUAUGGUAGCUACCCAUUUACAAAACACAACACCAACAAGGUAUUUAGAUUUCGCCGACUGUACGUUAUGACCAUCAAGAGUCGACAC